AUGUUCAAGUUAGCGCAAAAGUUUUUACCGCAACAGCGGCUUUUCAAUGCUUCGAACAUUGCAAUCCGCCGAAUGAUCUCAACUAGUGAUGAAGUAAAGUCUGUCGAUACCAUUGGAGGAUUGCCAACAGAAAUUGUUAACGAGCAGAAAUUGAAAAAGACAACCAGAGCAUUAUCGACGCUUCAAAAUCAUUCUGUUCCCAUCGCAGCCAGAGUCACGGUGUCAAAAGAUGAAAGCCGAGAUUUUAUGGCCGUAUUUCCUGACGUAGUGCGCGACCUUACAAAUGCGACAAAGGCGUACAAUUGCAAUGAUGCUGCUAAAUGGUUUGCCAAGGCCUUGCAAUACAAUGUGCCGCGGGGCAAGAAGAAUCGUGGCAUAUUGACAGUGCUCACCUAUAAGAAUCUCGUGCAACCACAGGACUUGACCCCCGAGAAUAUCAAGCUGGCCCAGUAUCUGGGUUGGUGUGUUGAAAUGCUUCAAAGUUUCUUUAUUAUGUCCGACGAUGUGAUGGACAACAGCACGACUCGCAGGGGUCAGACAUGCUGGCAUAAGGUGGAGAAUGUUGGCCUGACAGCCAUUAAUGAUGCCCUCAUGAUAGAGAAUGCUAUCUACCUGUUGCUAAAGCAACACUUUAGUCAUUUGGAAUGCUAUGUACCCCUUUUAGAACUAUUCCAUGAGAUAUCAUUUAUUACCACCUGUGGACAAUCUCUCGACUUACUCAACUCGUACAAAAGUGUCGCAGACUUUACCAUGGAGAACUAUAAAGCGAUUGUUGACAACAAAACAGCAUACUAUACAUUCUAUCUACCCUUUGCCAUUGCUAUGCAUUUAGCCGGCUACACCGAUCCCGAAGCAUUUAGACAAACGAAAAGCAUAGUUCUGGAGAUGGGCCACUUUUUCCAAGUGCAAGAUGAUUUCCUUGAUUGUUUUGGCAACCCAGAGAUCACCGGCAAAGUGGGCACCGACAUACAGGACAACAAGUGUUCCUGGCUCGCUGUUGUGGCCAUGCAGCGGGCCAAUGCUGAGCAAAAACAAAUUAUGAUUGACUGCUACGGCAAAAGCGAUCCUGCUAAGGUAGACCGAGUUAAGGAGCUGUACAAGGAGCUUAGCUUGCCCUCUACUUAUGCCACCUUCGAGGAGGAAAGUUACAACAUGAUCAAGACACACAUACAACAAACAUCUCGCGGUGUGCCACAUAUAACUUUCCUGCAAAUUCUCAACAAAAUAUAUCAACGAGAUGCGUAAACUUAGCGCAUAAAAUUGUGACUUACGAAACAUUAUUAAUAUUAUUAUGGUAGUUUAGUACUUAACCGGAUUGUGUGCAUGUUUAUUGGUCUGUAAAUGAAGUAUAAAGGACAUUUUUUACUGAA